AUGGAAAAUUGGGGUCUCAUCACGUGCAGACAGGCCGAAGGGCUUUACUACCCAAAACGAUUCCCGAUCUCGCAGAAGCAUAAUGUUCAAGAAGUGAUUUCACACGAAGUCGCUCACCAGUGGUUCGGGAAUCUGGUAACGAUGAAAUGGUGGAACAACUUGUGGCUGAAUGAAGGAUUCGCGACGAUGAUCAGCUAUCGGGCAGUUGAUUUUCUCGAGAAUACCACAUAUCGUUAUCAAGAUAUGACAUCGAAUAUGAUGUGCCAGGUAUUGAGAACCGAUCAGAACGAGGCAUCGAUAUCUGUGAGUUCGAAAGGCGACGAGGAAGUGCAAAAAAUAAUAACGCAACGGGUGAUAAUCUAUCGAAAAGCUGCGAUUAUUACUCGUAUGAUCGAGCGACUUGUGCAGGAGGACAUCUUCCAAAAAGGACUUCACCGAUUCUUGAACACGUUCAUGUACAAAAAUGCGGACCAUGACGAUCUGUUCAAUGUGCUCACAUACGUGCACGAUUCUUCGUCGGGGGGUCAUCUGACUGGACAGAAUUUUUCACUGUCUGACGUCAUGGAUACAUGGCUUCGACAAGCCUCAUUUCCAGUGGUCCACGUGAACCGUAAAGAAGGAAGUGUGGUGACAUUAAGGCAAGAGAGAUAUAAGCACAAUCCGAGAGCAAAGAAAAAUGCGAAAGACUCGUAUGUUUGGAAAAUUCCGAUUUUCUACGAUGAUCCGGUUAGUGGAAGUCAUAAAGUUUUCUGGAUCACCGACAGAUAUCCAGUGGUGUUCGACAUGGUUGGUGAAGUUUUGAUUGACCCUCAUCAACUAACAUACAUGAGAGUUCGGUACGACAUGUCGAUGUAUUCGGAUAUCACGAUGAAGCUUAUUUCGAACCACGAAAGUAUUCCGAUAAAUUCGAGGAGUCGUUUGAUUGAUGACACUCUUGCGAUGGCGGAAAAUCAACAAAUCAGUUAUCAGGUCCCCUUCAACAUGACUCUCUACUUGCCAAAUGAGACCGCUUACCGACCAUUUCACACGUUCAGCGCAUAUCUCGACUUUUUCCUUCCGCGGAUGUAUCCACAUCCUGAAUACAAUAAAUAUCGGGAAUAUGUCAUUGCUCUUAUUGCUCCUCAGUAUGAGCGAAUUGAAAAUUCUGGACUCGAUCAAGAUUGCGAAAGCGAUGCCGAUCAAUAUCGUCUUCGAGAAAUCAUUAUUCAAAGGUCCUGCGGUAUCGAUCAUGAUCCGUGUGUGAAGAUGGCCAAGCAGAAAUUCGAAGAACUACGCAAGAACUGCUCGAAGCCGAACCAAUUGCUCAGCGAUCUCAAUUGCAACAGAAUGCCAUUCUACCUUCGUCAACAUGUAUAUAGCACAGCGAUCAAGCACGGAAGUCAAAGUGAUUUCGAUUUUCUUUUUGACAAAUGGAUAAAUGAGCAUUGGAUAAUUGAGAAAGAUCGAAUCUGGUUUGGAAUGUGCGCGACAGUCGACCGAAAUAACACCGAGAGAAUGUGGCUCAGUAUGCUCGAGAACAGAGCCCGAGAAAAUAUUUGGGAGCGAGCUGCAGCGUGUUCAAGAUCAAUCAAAGACAAGAGCAUCGUUUUAGAACUGCUUGUCGAAAAACCGGCGGAAAUCAUCAGUCUACUUCGCGAGUCCAAAAACAAUUUCCAUGCAUUGGUGACAUUGAUUGCAAGAGAAGCGAAUGUGGAACAGUUUCCUUUGUUGGAUAAGCUUCAUGCUGCUUAUAACAAGUCAUUGGGUCCAAUAAAUAUUGAAAGCAUCAAAGGAGCGAUCGAAAGUCGCGAAUAUUGGCGCUACCGAAUUGCACCAUUCUUAGUGGGAAAUGCAACAGCGGCUGUUAAAGAAAUCCGCAAGCUACGGGCUUAA